ACCACGCACACGGCGACGAUGGCCAGAAUUCUCCUGACCGGAGCAACUGGAUAUAUUGGAGGCGAAACUCUCCACCAGUUGGCGACUUCAGGCGCGAAAUAUGCGAUAACGUGCCUCGUGCGACCCCAGAAAGCUUCGUUGAUUGCGAGGGCGUAUCCGAGCGUGCGGAUUGCCGAAGGAGACCUCGACGAUGUUGAAAUCGUCGAGAAAGAGGCCAGCGAGGCAGACAUUGUCAUUCAUCUGGCAAGUACAAAGCAUGUCCCGAGUUGCAACGCGAUUAUAAGAGGGUUAUCCACUACCGGCCGAUCGGCACCAGGCUACUGGAUACAAAUGAGUGGUGCCUCUCUGUUCUCGGCUGAAGAGAUCAAGAGCGAUACGUACGGCGAGGCUGCUGGCAAGUUCUACGACAACCUGAAAGAUGCCGACGAGAUCAGAUCAAUCAUCUCCUCCAGUCCGAGCCGUGUCGUGGAUAAUCUCGUUCUUGCACAGCAGCCGUCCUCGAUCAAGACAGCUCUAGUCGUCGGUCCACUCAUAUAUGGACGCGGUCGGGGGCCGGGAAACACCCGAUCCAUCCAAGGCCCCGAAAGUGCGAAGUACACUCUACAACAAGGGCAGGGCUUCAGACUCAGUGCUGGAAAGAGCGUUUGGAGUAAUGUCCAUGUGCGCGACGUUGGAUCGCUGAUUUGUUUGCUGGUGAGCGCUGCCACCGCCAAAAAGGAGGGGAUUUGGAAUCAGGAUGGAAUUUACCUUCCAGAGAAUGGCCAUAUGGCGUUCGGCGACCUUACAGCCCUAAUCGCCAAAGAAGCACACCGACAGGGCUUCAUCCAGAGUCCGACAGUAGAGAAGGUUAUCAACCCCGCUGAUGGUGACGAAAUAACACCUCAUGCGGCAAUAUUACUUGGUACCAACGCAAAGCUGGUGGAAUCUCGUGCAAGAAGGGAUCUUGGAUGGCAACCCUCCGGAUUCAGCCUUGAAGAUGAGGUAGCUGACAUGGUAACACGGGAAGCAAAGGACUUGGGCCUUGAAGCCCACAUGUAAGGAUGUACGGUACGUUAUAUGAGAGCACUGGGCUAAGAGCGACUAGUGGCGAGUAAAGGCUAUGAUGGUAUAUUAUCGAAUCUCAAUGGAACCUGAAUAUUCUCUUCUCCCCCCUCUUGUAGUCCGGCGGCAACACCGCGCUCUCUCCGAGUCUCUGCCCAGCAUAUCGGCGCCCCUGAUGAGCGCACAUCCCGCGAGGUAUCCCCCGCCUGUCUUGUCAUCGUACCC